UUCCCCUCUCCGACUACAGAGAGCGCGGUUGCGGCUGGGGCGGCCUACCAGUCAGUCCGUGUGUAUGUGUGCUGGAGUCUACGCGUCCCGUCAGGUCCUGUCACUCCGCCCGCCGCUGCCGCUGUCCCUACCCGGCCCAGGAGCUGAACGGGCCAAUCUGCCAUGGGUCAGUCUACAGCAGUGACCACCGUACUCUGUCUGACCCAGCUCUUCGGGCUGAUGGCUAUAGAGAGGGAGCACAAGGUACACAACAUAGUUCUGUAUCCUCACAAACACUCGUGGUGCAAGACGACUCCUAUAAAGCAAGUGGUGGCGUACCCUGGUUGUGACUCUAUAGAAGUGGAGAACAAUGUGUGCGUGGGUGGCUGCUUCAGCUACAGUAUUCCUCGCACCAUACCUAGCUCCCCUGGGGAGGUGGUGCCUUAUUGUGACUCAUGUCAACCCUUCACUCACACUUGGAAACAGGUAGUUCUGAACUGCAGCUCUGGUGAUUACAAGGGUGAGCUACUAUCAAAGAUGGUGCAAAUAAUAGAGGACUGUACAUGUACAAAGUGCAGCGAGCAGUCAGCGAGUCUGUUCACUGAGGAGAGCUCUCUCGAAGAUAUUCAGCAGCCAGAGAAACCUCAGCUGAUGGACAUCAUGGACACAACGCCACAUAGAUACGGCAACUACACUGUCCUCUCCAAUGCUACACAUGCCAAUGAUACAAUGAUCAACCAGAGGACAAUGGUUCUACUAGGAGAGCUGAGUGACAAGGAAGAAGAGGAGGUGGAGGAGGAUCAAGUAGCAUUAAAGGAAAUUCUUCAUCAAGUAGAGGGAGAAGAUCAUAAAAUCAAUGGUGUCAUCCUAAAAGACUUUGUUAGGAGAGUUGAAGAAAAAGGACAUAUGAACAUAAAUGUGGAGCGUCUACAACAAGUUUUGGAAAAGCUAGAGCGUGCAGAACACAAGUUCAAAAAUGGCCAUAGACAUCAACACAUGAUGGUGGGACCUCAUCACUCACUGGUGUUACCUAAGGAUGGCCAGCAGACACCGGAGAUGUACCUGAAGCCAACUCUGGAUGUUCCGUCACACUUGUUGAAACCUGCCCACGAGGGCUCAGAACUGAGUUACCACAACAACCUGCUACAAGCUGACGAGUCCGAGGACUUGGAUACUGACAGCGAAUAGUUUCGAACGCAACAAUCAAACAAGACCUCUGGUAGAUUUUACCAAGGGUUGCUCAAAACAAAGCUUUAACUUAAUUAUUAUUAAUAGUUGAUUUUUAAAUUGGCUUUAAAAAAACAAUGUAAAAGAAUAAAUUUGGUGAUUUACACAAUAUUUUUGAUUACUGCAUGUUUAAUAACAGAGUUACUGAGAAUUAAAUGGAUACUUUUAUCAAGACUACUUUUAUUAAUGGUAAUAAUUUCAGUAAUUUGAAUGAAUAGCACAUUAUUCAUCAUUAUACAGUAAUUAAAAUACAAUUAACUUAGUAAAAUUUUUAAUAAAAACUUUUUUAUAAUCAAGAGCAUUGUGUAGCUUAUUUUUAAUUUAUCUUCUCACACUAAUACUGAAAAUAUUACUGCAUAAAACUAUUUAACACAAAAAUGUAUUGUUACAAAAAUAAGUAAUUCUAACCAUAGUUUUAAAUCUUGUAGAUUUGAGAUGUGUCGCUUUUACUUGCUAGUAGGAUGUACUAAUAUUUUACCAUAACCAAGAAUAUGAUGAACACAUAGUUUCAGUGUUAUUUAAUUCAGUACUUAUAAUAAUAGUUAAGUAACCAGUCACAGUAUGAAAUACUGAGACUUUCAAGUGAUAAAUGUAAUGGUAAAACUAAGCUUUAAUCUAGAUUAUAGUUUUGUACAUAAUAGUUAACAUAAAAGACACAUAUUUAAUAUAGUCUAAUUAGUAUUUAAAAAUAAACAGAAGUGUGAACUUUUGGUCAAUACAGAAAAAUCUUAUAAAUAAGCUUUACCAACGUUAUAAAGAACAGUAUUGAUAACGAUUAUAAACUGAACAAAUUCAAUUUCAGUUAUGUUUUAAAGGAGAACUAUUAUUAUGUUUGGUUGGUCAUAGGUAUAAAUUAUCCACCUUACUUUGAAUGUCGUGUUUUCCAAAGCUAGCUAGUCAAAUACAGGAAGUUUAGUUUUCUGUUAUUUGUAAUAUAUAAUAUUAUGGAAUCAAAGCUUUAAGGAGUAAUAUUUAAGUAUAGUGUAUUAUGUUGAAUGUCAGCUGAAAUAAACACAAAUUUUUAUCUUGUUAA